AUCAAGUUACAAACUCUAAUCUAAUCCAAUGCAGUUGCUUGGGAUGUUAGGAAUCCUACAAGUGAUCCAAUUGCUCCCAAUUCUUUGGAUUAUUCAAAUUAUUCCCUGGAUUAUCUUCAUCCAACCAUGCCUGGCCAGCCCUAGAGAGAGAAUAAUAGGGGGGAGUGUUGUAUCCGGGGAUGAAAGACCUCCUGUUAUGGGAAUCUUCAACUUCCAGCCAAGUUCUUCUGUAAAAUGCAGUUGUUCUGUUAUAUCAGCAAAGUGGGCAGUGUCAGCAGCCCACUGCAUUGUGGAAAAAGAGCAUUUUAUAAAUGGUUCUUGCAUGGAAGAAGCUACCAUGGUUAAGUUUCUAACUGUUUGUGAACAGCUGCCAAACGGAGACACUAAGCUAAUUUUUCCAACCCAGAAAGAACAAACUCCUAGGAUAUAUAUUGGAGUGGAUGAUUUAACCACAGAAUUGAGAGAUAGAUCAAAGAAGUUUCUGGUUGACUACAUAAUUUCUCCUAAAGAUGGAUAUCAAGGAGGAAAAUAUGGAUCUUUUGGAGGCUAUGAUAUUAUACUGGUUAAGACACAUCUUCCUAUGGACCUUAAUGCACCGAUAAAUGUAUGUAUCCCUGGACCUGAUUAUACCUUUUCCAACCCAAACUUAAUGAUUGGAGGUUAUGGGAGGAAUCGGAGAAUACCUUGUGAAGUAAACGACCUAGGACCUUCUAUUUUUCAAUUCUGCAAAGUGGACAAUAUGUGCAAACUUAAAACCCAGCAGUACCAGCAAGCAAAAUGCAAUGUUCAGUUCACAUACAAUAAUAAGGAAUAUGGAGGAUGUAUUACUGAAGAAGAAACACCAAGUGCAAGAAAUCCAAUCUGUUCUGAUUUUCGAUCAAAGACUCUGUUAACUGAUCAAAAAAUGAGAAGAAUGGAUUUAAACGAAAUCGUAAUUUUGGAACCUUCUAGCUUGGCUGUUCUUACUAAAUGUUAUAGGAUAGAUCCAGGAAAAUAUGGAUGGUGUGGAAUCACAAACAAUGUUAUUGACGGAAAAUUUGAAAAAACUGAGGAUGGUGGCAUUGAAACUGACAAUGGGUGGGGGAUUUGUUCCCAAUCAUGUGACACUGCUAAUGGAACAAUUUCAGGGAAACCUAAGGUGAAGAAAGCUCAGAUUUUAGAUCAGGACUACUGUGACAACAAUUUGAACAUGUUGAGGGGUAAACUUACAGAUCCUUAUACCGUGAAUCCAAAGGUGUAUUGUGUUGCAUACAAUGAAACAUAUAAAACUGCAUUUUUUUUAAAGUCAGAUAACGGAAGUUAUGUGAUGCUGGACAAUAAGCCAGAGUAUCACAGUAUGCUAGGUCGAAAGAAUUCCUGGUAUAUUAGAUCUGUUGGUAGCUGUUUAGGAGACUCAGGGGGUCCACUCUAUGAAAAGGUUGGAAUUGCUUAUGUACUGUUGGGAAUAACUAGCAGAGGUAUCGGAAAACUGGCAAACUGUGGAGGUAUUGAGAACCCAACACAUUACGUCAGGAUGAAAGAUAUGCUAGUAUGGAUUUCCAACUAUAUUCCAAAAGAUGACCUUUGUGUUAUAAACUCUAAUUAAGCAAAAAUAGAUAAUUUAUAAAAACUAGUUUUUGUAUAGUAAAUUUUAAUAAAAGAACCCUGAAUAAAA